AUGGUUGAACUGACUCCCGGCCAUGUGGUCAUUCUCACCGACGGUCGGCAGGCCACCGUUCGGUUCGUUGGCACAACACAUUUCGCGCCCGGUGACUGGAUAGGCAUUGAGCUGGACGAAGCCACAGGAAAGAACGAUGGAGCCGUGCAAGGCGAGCGAUAUUUCGACUGUGAACCAGGGUUUGGUAUGUUUAUUCGUCCCACGGCCGUCGAGAAGAUCAUGCCCGCACAACCACCUCCCAAACCCGUUGCUCCGAAAGCAACCACCAUCACUCAACCUACUGCGACCCGAAGCCGAGCCCAGAGCGGCAUCGCCGCUGGCCUCAAAAAGCCCAAUGCGCUUGCUGCCGCCAACACCAAACGACACAGUGCCGGCGCGUCUAGCCCGACUUCGGCGCUGCGAGGCGCCGCUCAGCGCUUGUCAACAAAGUCUCCUACGAAAUCCCCGACGAAACAAUUAUCUGGUUCUGCGCUUUCCUCCAACCGCUCUUCCCUCAGCAGCACUCCGCGACCGGCCGCAACCACGCCCAGAGCUCGUCCCUCUAUUAGCUCGAAGACCUCCAUGCCUCCUCCACCGCUCCCAUCAACAAGCGCUCGCGCUGCCCGCUCAUCGAUAUCGACACCCGCAUCCAAUACGAGGAGACCCAGUCUGCAUGCCACAGCGUCUGCGCCCACGGGGCUGGCGAAACGCCCCGCGUUGCGACCGGCACCUUCUAGCAGAGCAUCGGAAGACGUGGAGGGUGAAACGAGUCCUUUGUCGGAGGACCCGGAGGUUGAGACGCCGGAUGUAACGGGUGAUGCAGAUCAGGAGGAGCCGGGUCUCGCAUCCACCAGGCCUAGCCCGAGCGCCUCACGGACGGUGAGCGCUAGCCAGAAACAGCUGCAACCUUCGUCGCAGCGUCUCUCGACGGGCGGAGCUGUGACGCGGGAGCUCGAUGAAUUGAAGACCAAGCUCCGAGUGAUGGAAAAGAAGCGGGCCGAUGAUCGAGAAAAGCUCAAAAAUCUGGAACAAUUGCAGUCGGACCGGGACAAGUUCGAGGGUAUCAUUCAGAAGCUGCAAGCAAAGUAUCAACCCCAACAGCUUGAGAUCGGCGAACUGCGCAAGAAAUUGAAGGAGUCGGAAGCCCGCUUGGAGGAAGUCGAGCGCCUCCAGAGCGAACAUGAGACGAUUCUGGAAAUGGCUACAUUGGAUCGCGAGAUGGCGGAAGAGACCUCUGACAUGUUCAAACAUGAAUGUGAAACCUUGCGACUUAGGGUUGAAGAGCUCUCAUUGGAGGUUGAGAUCCUUCGGGAAGAAAACGAGGAGCUCGGACAGGCCAUGUCCCCUGAAGAGAAGUCGAGUCACGGAUGGCUGCAGAUGGAAAAGACGAAUGAGCGUCUCCGCGAGGCGCUUAUCCGCCUCCGCGACAUGACCCAGCAGCAGGAGGCGGAGCUGCGAGAUCAAGUCAAAGAGCUCCAGCAAGACCUUGAGGACUAUGCGACUAUCAAGUCUCAGUAUGAGUCAACGAAGGAGAAGUUACUCGUGUCCGAAAACAACGUAGAGGACCUCAAGCAGCAGCUUGAAACUGCACUGGGCGCCGAGGAGAUGAUCGAAGAGCUGGCAGACAAGAACAUGCGCUACCAGGAAGAUAUCAACGAACUCAAGGCUGCCAUUGAGGAUCUGGAAGCAUUGAAGGAGAUAAAUGAUGAACUCGAGUUCAACCAUAUCGAAACAGAGAAACAGCUGCAGGAGGAAAUCGAUUACCGAGAGAGCCUAUACAACGAACAAACCCGGAGGAUAACGCAGCAGGACGAAGUCAUCGAAGAUCUAGAAUACACCCUCAUUCGCUUUCGAGAGCUGGUCUCGACUCUACAAGGCGAUUUGGAGGACAUGCGCGCAUCACAGCAGAUUUCUGAAGCGGAGGCUAGCGAUCUUACCACGCGGUCUCGUGCUAUGAUGGACCUCAACUUGAAGCUUCAGGCAUCCGUCUCCAAGGCGCAAACCAAGACAAUUGAUAUUGAACUUGGUCGUAUGGAUGCAGAGGAAGCCACCCAGCACCUGGCCAUUCUGAAGUUGUAUCUCCCAGAGUACUUCGACAGCGAGCGCAAUGCCAUCCUUGCACUUCUCCGGUUCAAGCGUGUGAACUUCAAGGCCUCCCUAAUGAACAACACCAUCCGUGAAAAGGUUGCAGAGCAAGCGUCAAUAUCUACCGCUCUCGAAGAAGUCUUUGUGGCGAGUGAAGUGAUGGAGAAGCUGCAAUGGAUUGCUGCUCUUUGUGAUCGUUUCGUCAACUAUAUCAAUACCUGCUCAGCUGAAAGCUUUGGUGGCAUCACAGGCGCCCUGUUCGAGCUAGAACCCGUGGAACGCACGUUGAACUUUUGGAUUGAGAGUUUGAAGAAGAACGAGGUCAAUAUGAAGAAGUGUGCAGUGGAAUUACAGCGAUCUAUUGCCUUACUUGCCCAUCUUGCCGAGACCCUUCUGCCAACGUCUCUCGAAACAUUUGCAGACGAGCUCUGCAUGCGCUCAAUGCUGGCCCAGUCUUACAUCGACCACAGCGCCUCGACCAUCUCGCGAUUGAGAACCUUACUGCAGUCCAAGCUCGCGGUACCGGAAGGAGGUGAUGAAGAAAGCGCCUUUCUCUACAACAAAAUGGACGGGAUUGUGACGCAAGCCCGUGGAUUGAAAGUCGCCAUGGGAAAGAUCAACCGCUCCUUGGAAGAACUCCGUUCCAGAUCCCUUGCGCUUUCACCCGAUGUGGUCGGUCCUUUUAAACAAGCCGAAGAAGCAGCUAAGGAUCUCUCUGCCCUGACUCGGCAACUCGGAGAGACGAUUGUGCAGAUUAUAAUUGACGAAAGCCGCACUGAACCACUAACCCUGGAAGAAGCACUCAAAACGAUGUCCCAGAUCUCCACACUUUAUGCACAACCAUCAGAAACAGGCAGUGAAAGCAGCGACGCGACUUCUCUUAUCUCCAACCGACUGCGCAGCCUGGGCGGCUUCCUCGAGGAACUCGAUUCCAUCACGUCCGAUCUCUCGAUCGCUUCUGAAUUCGAGAAGCGACCAUCCCCGUGGACAAUCCGCGCUGCAGAGCUCAAAUCUAACAAACAAAACUCUCCUGAUGCGGACGAAGAAAUCCGACGGCUGAAGAACGAAAUUCAUGAAGCCUCUACUGCCCUUGGCGUUAAGGACAAGACUAUCGAAGAGCAGGCCAUCAAAGUCGAGCUGAUCGAGUCCCGGAUGCGCGAAGCCAGCAAGAAGGCGUCAAUGGUGAAAGACCUCGAGGCGAAAAUCGAGGAGCUCCAAGCGGCACACUCGGAUCUGGAAUCAACCCUGCACCAGCAGCGUGCGGGCAUCGAAGCCCUUGAGGCCGAACGCGACGAGCUAAAGGUUCGCCUCGACAAGGUUAAGCGCAUCUCGGGCACGACGGGUGCCACGACGACCGCUGAAGGCGGCGUAGUCAUUGAUGCUGGUCUCUCGCUCGCCACCAUGCGGGAGAACGAAGCCCUCCGCGCCGAGGUCGAAAGCCUCCAAGCCGCUGUACGCUACUUCCGUGAGGAGCACCGUCGCGCCAACAUGCUCGACCCGUACUCCAUCCAACGCUCUGCGGACCUGCACUCCUGGCUCGAUGUUCCCCUCACGCAGAGUUGUGUCUCCUCCCCACACCGCGAGAUGAUUCAGCACACUGCUUCCGAAAGUCGCGACGUCUUCACCCACCUCCUCAAACUAACCCAGGAUUCACGCAUCUGCGAUCUGAAGUCCACCGCUCCGAGAACCAACGACGCCGCAGACCCUACCACCACACGCGUCGCCUGGCGGCCCCGCAAGACCAAGCUCCGCUACCACGUUCUCCAGCAGCGUGAGAACUUCGAACACUGGGCCGACUGGCGCGACGAGAUCAUCAGCCACGAGCGCGAACAAGAACGCGUCGCCGCAGCCAAGAGGGAACGACUCGCGCGAAGACAUCACGCCACCACGGCAAGCUCGGUCUACGGCGCUGCGGCUGGAUUCCCCCAGGCCUUGGGCCAUGGCAUGAUGGGGCCAGCGUGGCAGAUCCUGGGCAUGGAGCAUGAUGGAGCCGGUGGUAGGAAGGCGGGUGUCCACCCCCUUACCUCGAGUGGACAUUAUCCACUGAGGAGGAACUGA